UCUGAUUGGCUAGUCGUCACAACCAGGAAGUUUUGGAAAUCAACAUGGAGUCGAGAGUCAGGAAAAGAAAACGUCCCGGCGUGUAAGGUAGUGCAUUUAGUCACUAUUUACAAAUAAACGAUGGAAAUGCGAAGUGAAAACUAAAUUAUAUAGCACAAGUGGGGAGUUUUAUUAGAAGAGUUUUAUUUUUAUUUGCGUAAAGUCAUGGAGAGUCCUGCUGCAAGUGGAAGUUUUGCGCCCGUCUUUAACACAGCGCUCUCUCCUUCUCAAAACAAAAUGUUCAACAUGUUGGAGAAAGCCACAGAACAACUAAUGUUACAUAAAGACUUCCAGGCUGCCUUUCAAACAUGCGACAGAGGCCUGGAGUGUCUCGCAGACGGAGGGAAAGAAGAGGACGCGAGGGGCGAUUUCAAGGCUGGCUUUUGUAUCGUGGGGAUCCAAGCUCUUGCUGAGCUGAAUCAGUGGCGUGGUGUCUUGUCCUGGGUCCUUCAACAUUAUCAGCAUCAGGAGGAAAUACCUGCUAAAAUCUUGCAGAUGUGCAUCCUUCUCUACUCCCAAGUGGGUGAGCCGGCCAUGAUGCAAGAGACCACACGAGCGUGGUUACACUGCCCGUCCAACCGCAGCGUCUCAGGCUUUGGCCCGGCGGCCGAGCUCUACCUCCUGCAUGUCCUUUUGCCUCUAGGAUGCACGGACCUGGCUCGAGAGUUUGUCGUCGGUGAGGUGGGAAGCGUCACGUUCACUGAAGAGCAAAAACAGACAGCGCUGGACAUCAUAGAAGAAGAAGUUGAACGUCAGAAACAUGAGCCUGCUGUCAAUGUAGAUAGUAGUGGUUGUGACGUUCCCACGACAGAAGGUUCCUUUCUCCACAAACUGGAAGCCAUGUUGAGACUUUCCUACAGGAGAUUGAUGUCUGGCUCCUUCUCUUUCCAUAAACUCUUCUUGGCUGCUCUUCUUCUCUACAUGCUGUUUUUACGCUUGGAUCCAGCUCUUCCCUCAUCCUUCAUGUGGAUUUCCAAACUUCAUCAGCUGUUCAGAGAGUUGUGGAAAGCCACAGCGUCCUUGUACUAUCAGCAGAGAGCUACAAAAGACUGACUUGCUGUGUCUUUUAGGGCAGUACACGCCAACCUAAUUCUUCUUUAAUUUAUGAAAAUAAUAUUAAAAUGAAGAAUACUAAUGCAAUAUGUGUAAUAUGAUCCUUUUAUCUGGACAUUGUUCGGCUUUAAAUUCCAAGCCUCCCUUAAAAACAGCCAAUUUUUAUUUUCUCAUCGCAAAAACAACACAACUUCCAUUUUAAGCAAACUUGCCCUCCAGUCGCUUUGAAAGAGCCUUACCGUCCAGAUGACGCAAAUUUUUCACUAACAAGUUCUAUUCAUGUAUUUUUUGCUCUUGAAAAUGAAUCUGCCAGUCAUUUCUCAUAAUAUCACUUUGUUGUUGAGUAAUGUGUAGCUAACUAACUGUACUUGGAAAGCCCCCUUUUCAUUGCCAGACUUGAUAUGCCGCCCCCUCUUGGUGGGACGUCAUCUGCAGAACUAGAGCCCAUUUUCCCCCACACAGACAAUGUGGUUAAAGGCAUGUCAAAUUAUUAUUUUGAUCACUUUUUUGCAUCUUUUUGUCGCCCCAUUCCAUGGUUAGAUCAAAACUGAUACGGUUAACAUUAUGCACAAACAUCUGACAUUCCUUCCUACUCUUCUUUAGACACCAUAGCCUGUGUUUCCUCAUGCUCUUUCAGCAUUUCCUCAAGCAGCUUGAGGAAAACAUCAGUAAAAGAGGACGCAAAAUAAAAUACUAACGGCUUGCCAUCUUUUUCUUUCGUUUUUCGGGUCUGCGCUUCUAUCUCUGUUUUUCUGCAGGUUCCGACUCAGUCUUUCUUCCCUAGAGGAUGCUCCUGAUUUUCAUGAUGUUAUUUAGCUUGAGAAUGAUAUUUUUUUUCCAUCCAACCAAUCGACCAAAACCCUUCUCUGAAGUUCUAAUCAAUAAAAUGAUUGCUGCAAAUUACAAUCCUCUCACUUGGUCUGUCCCAUUUUGUGCGAGUCCACUUCCAUUUUAAGCAAACUUGCCCUCCAGUCGCUUUGAAAGAGCCUCACCGUCCAGAUGACGCAAAUUUUCACUAACAAGUUCUAUUCAUGUAUUUUUUGCUCUUGAAAAUGAAUCUGCCAGUCAUUUCUCAUAAUAUCACUUUGUUGUUGAGUAAUGUGUAGCUAACUAACUGUACUUGGAAAGCCCCCUUUUCAUUGCCAGACUUGAUAUGCCGCCCCCUCUUGGUGGGACGUCAUCUGCAGAACUAGAGCCCAUUUUCCCCCACACAGACAAUGUGGUUAAAGGCAUGUCAAAUUAUUAUUUUGAUCACUUUUUUGCAUCUUUUUGUCGCCCCGUUCCAUGGUUAGAUCAAAACUGAUACGGUUAACAUUAUGGACAAACAUCUGACAUUCCUUCCUACUCUUCUUUAGACACCAUAGCCUGUGUUUCCUCAUGCUCUUUCAGCAUUUCCUCAAGCAGCUUGAGGAAAACAUCAGUAAAAGAGGACGCAAAAUAAAAUACUAACGGCUUGCCGUCUUUUUCUUUCGUUUUUCGGGUCUGCGCUUCUAUCUCUGUUUUUCCGCAGGUUCCGACUCAGUUUUUCUUCCCUAGAGGAUGCUCCUGAUUUUCAUGAUGUUAUUUAGCUUGAGAAUGAUAUUUUUUUUCCAUCCAACCAAUCGACCAAAACCCUUCUCUGAAGUUCUAAUCAAUAAAAUGAUUGCUGCAAAUUACAAUCCUCUCACUUGGUCUGUCCCAUUUUGUGCGAGUCCACUUCCAUUUUAAGCAAACUUGCCCUCCAGUCGCUUUGAAAGAGCCUCACCGUCCAGAUGACGCAAAUUUUCACUAACAAGUUCUAUUCAUGUAUUUUUUGCUCUUGAAAAUGAAUCUGCCAGUCAUUUCUCAUAAUAUCACUUUGUUGUUGAGUAAUGUGUAGCUAACUAACUGUACUUGGAAAGCCCCCUUUUCAUUGCCAGACUUGAUAUGUCGCCCCCUCUUGGUGGGACGUCAUCUGCAGAACUAGAGCCCAUUUUCCCCCACACAGACAAUGUGGUUAAAGGCAUGUCAAAUUAUUAUUUUGAUCACUUUUUUACAUCUUUUUGUCGCCCCGUUCCAUGGUUAGAUCAAAACUGAUACGGUUAACAUUAUGGACAAACAUCUGACAUUCCUUCCUACUCUUCUUUAGACACCAUAGCCUGUGUUUCCUCAUGCUCUUUCAGCAUUUCCUCAAGCAGCUUGAGGAAAACAUCAGUAAAAGAGGACGCAAAAUAAAAUACUAACGGCU